CAGAGAGAGAGAGAGAGAGAGAGAGAGAGACAUACAGAGAGAGAGAGAGAGAGAGAGAGACACAUACAGAGAGAGAGAGAGACACAGAGAGAGAGAGAGAGAGAGAGACACAUACAGAGAGAGAGAGAGAGAGACACAGAGACACAGAGAGAGAGAGAGAGAGAGAGAGAGAGACACAUACAGAGAGAGAGAGAGAGAGAGAGAGACACAGAGAGAGAGAGAGAGAGAGAGAGGAGCAACAGCAGCAGCAGGAACAUGGCGGCGCCGCUCAGCGCUCGUGCUCUUCCCCCGAGUCCAAGGUCAGAGCCAGAGCUCACGCGCAGGAUUUAAAGCCGGAACUAACUACUGCAGCUCGAGCCUCUGAGAGAGUGAAGCUGACGAUGCUUAUAGAUUCCCGCCGCUGCAGGAAUGGCCUGAGUGUGUGUGUGGACUGAAACUGAGUUGCUGAUAUGUAUUAAAAUGAGCGGCAUAGGGGAAAACUCAUCUGACCCUACAAGGGUCGAGUCUCAGAAACGUAAAGAAUGCUCAACAGAGCUCCUGGGUCCCAGCCCCAAGCGAAGCACGGAGAAACGAAACCGCGAGCAGGAGAAUAAAUACAUAGAAGAACUGGCCGAGCUGAUUUUCGCCAACAUCAAUGACAUUGAUAACUUCAACGUCAAGCCUGACAAAUGUGCAAUCCUGAAAGAAACUGUGAAACAGAUUCGUCAAAUAAAAGAGCAAGAGAAAGCAGCUGUGUGCAGUGAGGACGAGGUGCAAAAGGCCGAUGUCUCGUCCACAGGCCAAAGUGUUAUUGACAAAGAUGCCCUCGGACCAAUGAUGCUAGAGGCCUUGGAUGGCUUCUUCUUUGUGGUGAACAUGGACGGGAAGAUUGUGUUUGUGUCGGAAAAUGUGUCCCAGUACCUGCGUUACAAUCAGGAGGAGCUUAUGAACACAAGUGUUUACAGCAUUUUACACGUAGGAGACCACACAGAGUUUAUUAAGAACCUGCUGCCGAAAUCACUCGUGAAUGGCGUUCCGUGGUCGAGCGACGGCUCCAGGAGGAACAGUCACUCGUUUACGUGCCGCAUGUUGGUGAACCUGGAGGAGGCGCAGGAGCAAGAGGCACAGAAAUAUGAAACCAUGCAGUGUUUCACUGUCUCAGAACCGAAAUCCAUUAAAGAGGAGGGAGAGGAUCUGCAGUCGUGUCUGAUCUGUGUAGCGAGGAGAGUACCUAUGAAGGAGCGACCGAUGCUCCCCACACACGAGAGCUUCACCACACGGCAAGAUCUCCAAGGGAAGAUCACGUCAUUGGACACCACUAUGUUACGAGCAUCUAUGAAGCCUGGAUGGGAAGACUUAGUAAGGAGAUGUAUCCAACGCUUUCACCUACAGAAUGAUGGAGAUAUUUCUUACGCCAAACGUCACCAGCAAGAAGUACUGAGACACGGCCAGGCUUUCAGUCCCAUCUAUCGGUUCUCCCUCUCGGAUGGCACCAUCGUCUCGGCUCACACCAAGAGCAAACUCGUCCGCUCUCCAGCCACCAACGAGCCACAGCUUUACAUGUCAUUACACAUUCUCCAAAGAGAGCCAACUGUAUGUGGCAUGGCUCCUGACCUGGGCAAACCCAUGACCCCACUGACCACAAUGACCUCCCCUAACCCAAUGAGCGGAAAUGCUCAGGGUCAGGAGGGCAUCGUUAGUAGCAACACACCUGCCUUUUCAUCUCCAGGAGCCCAUAAAGAUUUCCGUUUUGGCUGCCCAGGUACCACUCAGGGCACUGGAUACCCAAUGAAAAUGAGCAGCCCAUCACAUCGCCCCAGUCCUGGGGUAACCAGCUCGCCACGUUUACCUCCAGCCCAGUUUGUCCCCACCAAUCCCCUCCAUUCACCUGCAAGCAUGUGCCCGGGCAACAGCGGUAGUCAAGUGUUCACUAGCAGUUCCCUUAAUGCCCUUCAGGCUCUUAGCGAGUGCCAAUCAAUUAAUCAGUCAAUGAGCCAGUCUCUGGGCUCACCUGAUUCCAAAAAAUUAGAAUCACCAGCCUCGGGAGGAGUUGGUUCUCAAGCGUUGCCCAAGAUGGAAUCAUUUGGCGAGUCGGAGCAAACUGGAAAUGGGCAUGACGGGCAUGCAAACGACAACAACGGGCAUCAAAGGGAUGAUAAAGGCAACCUGGGUCAAUUCAACGGCUCGGACGAAAAUAAGAUCCAUGAAAACAAAGGGCACACAAAACUCCUCCAGCUUCUCACUACUAAAAAUGAGAGUUUGGAGUCGUCCUCCUCGCCUUCACCAGCACCUGAGAAAGAACUGAUGACUGGACAUCAACCUGGCACGUCAGGAGCCAGUGCUACGUCCUUAAAGGAGAAGCACAAAAUCCUGCACCGGCUCCUGCAGAAUAGCACGUCGCCGGUGGACUUGGCGAAAAUUACAGCCGAGGCGACGGGCAAAGAACCGAGCCAUGACGGAACCAACGUGGCCGACAUCAUUAAACAGGAAGCUGUGAGUCCAAAAAAAAAGGACAAUGCUCUUCUGCGCUAUCUGCUGGACAAUGAUGAGAACACGAUUAAGGACAAGGGGAUAAAGACGGAGGCGGGAGAGAUUAAAGUGGAGGGCAGUAACAUGGUCACUGUGAAGAAGGAGAAACCUGAUGGAGGAUAUGAACAGGCAGAGCAGUCCAGUGAGCUGGAUGAUAUCUUGGACGACCUGCAGAACAGUCAGCCAGGUUUUUUCUCCGAAGCUCGUCCCAUGUCACUGCCAGCUGCCGUUGAUAAGCAAGCAAUCAUCAAUGACAUUUUGCAGAUCACAGGAGAGGGCGGGGUCCAGCCCAGAGCAGUACAGAAUUUCAGUGGCCCGAGGCCUCCAGGUCGUGUUCCUCCCAUGCGGAGUGUGUCUUUGGACAUGAAUGCGUCAGCUAAAGGCUCACCGGGUCAGUAUCCAGUGAUGAGGAACACCACUCCGUAUUCACUCAUCCAGCAGCAGCAAGGCAUGAUGGCAAAUCAGGGCAUCAUGACCAACCAGGCCAACAUGGCAGAUGUUUGGGCGUCUCAGGGUGUGAGCAGUUCCUCCCCUCAGGGGGCGCUGCAGGGACGCAUGGUGCAAAACACAAACAUGCCAAUGAGACCCAGCAGCCAACCAGGAGCCAGGCCCAUGCUGCAGGGCCAGAUGAUGCCCAGUGCCCAGUCUAUGGAAAUGGACAUGAGUCUGGCAGGCCCUACAUUUCCACAGCAACAGGCUCCACCCAAUCAAACAGCUCCACCCAAUCAGACAGCUCCGUGGCCUGACAGCAUGAUACCCAUCGAGCAGGUGGCAUUUGCAGAUCCUAACAGGUCCCUGUAUGGUACACCACAGGAUGACGCGCUGUGUGCAGCUGAAGGUCCCGCUGAUGAAGGUGCUUUACUGAAUCAGCUCUACACUGCCCUCAAAGACUUUGAUGGUCUGGAGGAGAUUGAUCGAGCUCUGGGCAUUCCAGCACUCGUGGGACAGGCACCGUCAUUAGACACAGAGCUGUUCCCAGGUCAGGAUCAAAGCCUGCUAAUGGACCAGAAGCCCCUUUACCCUCAGCAGCAGUAUGCCACUCCACCUUCCCAUAACACACCAGGAGGCUUCGCGCCGAUGCAGGAUGCUGUUUACCAUGCUAUUGGGGGAGUUGGAGGGCAAAGGCCAGGAUUUCCCAUGAUCCGCAUGCAGCCCAGACCAGGUCUCCGGCCUCCCGGAAGCGUCCCAACUCAACCGAAUGCACUCAGACUGCAGCUGCAGCACAGACUACAAGCACAGCAGAAUCGCCAGCCCAUGAUGAAUCAGAUGACUGGAGUGUCAAACAUGAACCUACCUCUCAGACCUAAUGUUUCGAAUCAGGGGACCAUUAAUGCUCAGAUGCUUGCGCAGCGUCAGAGGGAGAUGCUCAGUAAUCAUUUGCGUCAGAGGCAGCGGAGUAUGAGCAUGCGACCUCAGGGCCUCAACGUGCCAUCCAAUAUGGCUGCCGGCACAUUGGGUGGUGCCCAGAUCGCCCAUGCCAACCCUACACACUUCCCCUAUACACCCAACUACGGAAUAACUCAGCAGCCUGACGGUGGGUUCGGAGGAGCAGCGACCCCUCAGAGUCCCCUUGUUUCCCCUAGAAUGGGUCACGCCCAAAGCCCCAUGAUGCAACAGGGUAAUGCUACAUUUCAGUCAUCCCCCGAGAUGAACGGCUGGACGCAGGGCAACAUGAAUGCUAACAGCAUGUACACUCAGCAAGCCAGCAGCAGUGUGUAUAACAGUAACAGCAUGAGCAUGAAUGUGCCCAUGACUCCCAACACCAACAGUAUGAGCAGCAUGGGACAGAUGAGCACGGAGCAGCCAAAGUAUUGUUGACCAUGAGUGGAUAAAGCGUGAUUUCCACCAGCACGGGCCAAGAGUGAGUCUGCGUCCUUCAGAGGGUCCCUCCGCAUCCCCAGAAUCCUACAGCUCCAAUGCCCCCUGCUGGAGAGAGAUCAUACACACACACACACACACACACACACACACAAACACACACA